AUGGGUUUGAGAGUAAACGGCGUUGCGAACGGCGUCUCAAAUAAAGUCUCCAACGGCGUCUCCAACGGCGUCUUGAAAGCAAAUGGCAAUGGCGUCCUGAAAGCCAACGGCGCUCACUCGCAAACGCAGAGGCCCAUUGAAAGCUUCGAGCAACUUGAGAAAUUCGAGAACAGAGAUACUCCCGUCGUUACCAUGUUCAGCGGUGGCCUGGACAGCACUUACCUGCUCCUCCGACUCCAGCAGCUCGGCUUCACCAACAUCCACGCUGUCGCCGUAGAUGUUGGGUCACCUGUAGACGAGAAUGGCCUGACCAAGCAUGCCGCUCACUUUGGCGCCAAGUUCAAGCUCCUUGAUGGCCGCGAGGCCUUUGUCAAUGAAGGUGUCGUGCCCGCCAUCCGUGCUCACGCCACGUACCUGGGCCUGUUCCCCGUCAGCAGCUCGCUCACUCGUCCGGUCAUUGCUCGCCUCAUCACGGACUACGCCAAAGACGUGAGUGCAGGCUUACUGCUCCACACGGCCAACCUGUCGCAGAACAGCCUACCUCGUCUCAACAACUGCAUCAAGCUCCUUGGCUUCCCUGGACGGUUCGGAAGCCCCUACCCUCGUUCUGUCGUCUCUCGAGAGAAGAAGGCGGAAGAACUGGCCGGGGCCGGACUGACCAUCAUGUCUGAGCGCAAGCUGAGCGGUGAUGAGAACUUGUGGUGCAGGGAGUUCGAGGAUGGUCCUCUCGGUGAUCCUGAGGGUUUCUGCAUCCCCGAAGAUGCCUACCAGUGGACACGCCGUUACGCGGACCACCCUAGCCAGAAGCUCACUCUCAGCUUCGAGAAUGGCAACCUUGUCUCAGUCGAUGGUGACAAGCUCCCCCUCAUUGAAGCCAUUGCGCUGCUGAACAAGGAAGUGGGCAAAUUCGGUCUUGGCCGAUUUGUUGGACUCGAGCCCCUUUCGACUGACGACAAGGCAUUGGAGAUCCGUGAGGCUCCGGCGGCCGCCAUCAUCAUGGAUGCGCUCCGCCACCUCGAGAUCGCCUCGCUGGAGACCAAGACAUUGGAGCUGAAGCAACAGCUGGAGCAGAGAUGGGUCCGGGAAGCCAUCGCCGGCCACUGGGGAGGCAAGUUGCACACCAUGUGCGACGUUGCCAUCACGUCCGUCUUGCAAGGCGUCAGCGGCAGCGUGACCUAUGACAUCGAUCAAUCGCGUUUCCUUCCCUGCUCUAUCGUGGCGCAGAACCCUCGCUACAUUCGGGAUCGUGACCACUGGGAGCGAGCACAGCAGUCAAUCUGGCAGAUUUAA